AUGUGGACUGAGACGCUCUACAAGCUCUACAACGCCUCCCCUCGAGCGGUCCGCGCCUUCGCAACCCAUCGAGCUCACACACGUCUUGCGUCUCACGAUCCGCUACAGGACACUGACGCAUCACCUGACUCGAUCGUCCACAGUUCGGCCCAUGCUUCAUACUCUGCGAUCGCCUCAACGAGCUCGCUCUUCCUCGCUCGACCCGUCAUCAGGUAUGUCUCGUCUUCCCCUUGCGUGCUCAGUCCUGCUUGACGACGACUUCCCAGCUGUGAGCCCUUGCUGACCUGAACUGGAGGUCGCACCCUUCCUACAGAUCCUUCUCCGCGUCUGCCUCGUCCUCCUCAACGCGAGCACUGGUAACCUCGGGUCGAAGGAAUUGGGACCCGUUGAGCAAAGCCGGCAUCUCGGCUCGUCGAGGAUUCGCAUCCAGCUCCAUCAGUGCAGGUUGGAUUCCUUCGUUCCAGUGGCGUAGCAAUCCUGCGGCCACCGAAGUGACAUCAGCGAGUAACGGCACUGGUUUCGUUCCCGAGCAUUCUGCGGCUGCACCCACACCAGGUGCCGCCGACAUCGUCACGCCGUCCCCGGCGACACCUUCGACAACGACGCCCGCGGAGCCUUCCGUUUCAGCAGCGGCUACAGCCCCACCACAGACAUCAUCUACCGCCGCCGAAGCCGUCAACACAUCCGCAGAUGCUGCUGCGACUGCGACCGAGCCCACCUUCUAUCUCCCUGGCGACUCGCACAUCUUUUCCGGAACGCUCGAUCUCACUUCCCUGGCUGGAGCAUGGGGUCCCCACCCGAUCCAGCGUCUCCAAUCUAUGUUCCUCCACCUCCACGAAUCAUUCCCCUUGAUCACACCAACGACCGGUCUCCCAUGGUACAUCCUCAUCCCGACGGUCACGAUCGGUUUGCGCAUGCUCCUCUUUUGGUUCCAAGUCCGCGCCAACGCCAACGCCGCUCGUUUGGCCAUCAUCCAACCCCAGAUGUUGGCCGGGAUGGAAAAGGUCAAACAGGCCAAAGCUCGCAACGACAUGACUAGUGCUCAAGCCGCGCAGAUGGAGACGGCGGCGUUGAUGAAGAGGCACAAGGUCAACCCGAUCAAGAACCUCGUCUUCCCUUUGGCGCAGGGCACGGUCUUUAUGGUCAUGUUCUUUGCUCUGAAGGGCUUGGCGAAUGCCGGUUUGCCCUCGAUGGCACAGGAAGGUUUCGGAUGGGUGCAGGACCUGAUGCAGCGUGAUCCGACGUGGGUGCUGCCGAUCGCUUCCAGUGCUCUGACGUUGGCAACCUUGGAACUAGGCGUCGACAAGACGACGACGGUGCAAACGACGACGACCAAGAACAUGAAGAUGGCGUUCCGCUUCUUGCUCGUUAUCUCGAUCCCCUUCAUCGGCUACUUCCCCGCCGCACUCUUGUUGUUCUGGUGCACGAACAACUCCAUCUCGUUGCUCCAAUCCCAAAUCCUCAAACUCGAACCCGUCAGAGCCUUCUUCAACAUCCCAACACCGCCUCCCAAGGCUUUGCCUGGUCAAAAGGGUUACAUCAAAGAACCUUCUUUCUCUGAAGCGUUCAAAAACAUGCAAACCGCGACCAAGGAAAUGUCGGAGCAAGCGGCUGAGAAAUCGAGGGCCCAAAAGGAGAUCAAGAACAAAGACGGGCAACAGCUCGCCAGGGCCGAAAUGUACGUCCCGACGAACCAUAGCAGCAAAAUUGGUAAGGUUGAGGAGGUGGCGAGGAGUUUGACGCCCGAUGGGGCGCUCAAGGGUGCCAAGGGGGUGAUCAGGGCCGAGUCGCCUAUUGAUUUGCAGGAUGAGAAGAUCAGGAGGGUGCAGGCUGCGAGGGAACGCAGGCACAAGAUGAAGCAGUAG